AAUCAGGUGACGCUUUUGCACGUGUUUUCGUUUAUAUUCAUUUAUUGGUUACUAAUAAUUGAUCUUUAAUAACGAUGGUUCAAAAUUCUAAAAAGCGUGUUCGUGUGAACACCAGUAAUUUAGAAAAUAGCACCGGCUCGUCUAAUAACACAUUACCACCCCAUAUUAUUAGUAGUUCACCCAACAUAAAAGACUCGAACAUAACUCUGACCCCUGUAAUACAGGUGGAAGAUGUUCUGUCUGAAAAAGUAGAGCUCUCUUACUUAACCUGCGUAAUUAAAGAGAUGCAGCUACAGAUAGAUGAAUUAAAAACGAAAUUAAGUUCACUAGAAUGUAUACCCGAAACUGUCUCACGUAUGAAAAAGGAACUGCAGGAUCCUACAAUCCUAAAGCUUUUUAAUAUGACCUCUAGAAUGACUCAUACUGACUCAGAAAGUGCGAAGGAGUUAGAAAACGCCAUCGACUUUCUAUCCAGCGAAGUUGUUAGAAGGCUGGCUUCAAAACAAAACGCAAUAGUGUAUAAUGUACCGGAUAGCGAGCCCAUAAAGUCAGUCCAGCACUCAUUGCUGAAGGCUGCUAAUCUCUUGAAUGCACCUUGUCAGUGCAUUCGCCUAAGCAAAAAAGACCUAAAGCAUCCUUGUCCUAUACUCUUUAGGUUCGACAGCUACAUAACAGCUGAACGAUUUAAGAUGGCCGAAGAUCUUCUGGCUACUGCCACUAAAUUCAAGACUAUUAAAGUAGUCUCGGAUAAAACACCAAACCAAAGGCAAGCAACCAAGAACUCCUUCGAUACAAAGUUGACAACACUGAGAAAUACAUCUGGUAUCAGUGCUAAAGUGUCGACGGACACUGAAGCACAGCAAGUCACGUGUAUAGUGUUAGGAGAAAAAACGGCAAGUAAGAGCGACCCAAAACUCAGUAAGAGCAGUGCCACUGGGUGCAAUCUUAGAGUGCACGAGAGCACAUCUCGAAAACCUGCUGACCUACAUAAGGUUGACAUAGACGCACAAACUAUGGCUGACCAGAAACUACUGGCAGACCACUCUCAAUCUGGAUCCAAGCCAGAGAGUCCCUCAGUAGAAACCGCAAAAAAGACCACAAAACCCAGAGUCCCACCCCAGACUUCGACAUACCUCCCUCGUAAUAAGUCUAAUAAGCAGCGUGUCAGUCUAAAAAAUGACAAAGCAUGGGUAACGAAGCACAUUCCCAAAGACGUCACGCAGCAUGUGAGAAGGAAUACCCCUUCCCGAACUAGAAGUAACAUGCCUAACAACGCACAUAACUUGGGAAUGCAACGUAGAAUGGAUCCUCAGGAUAUAUGGAGCACUAAACGGGACUCAUAUAGGCACCAUAUUAACGAAAAUCCUCGUCCAAACUCUCGCACUAUCUAUAUUAAACCUCAUCAACUUAAUGAGAACAGGUCGGCACUUGAUCCCCUCAAUAACUUCACUCACAAACGUGACGUGAGCCAAUAUGCAUAUGGCUAUGAAAGCCCCAUGAGGUACAACUACCAGGGUAAUCUUAACUCAGGGUACCUAGGUCCAGCAAACUACAACCCAAAUUGCAGGGCAGACCAUAUAUCACCAGUAGAUCAACGCAGAUGCCGACCCAUGGAUGCUAAUAGUCAAAAUAUGCAACAGGAUUAUUUUCGGCUGCAGCAAACAAUAGCCCCACUCGCUGCACAGUUCAUCCAGGAAAUAGUACACACACUGACUCUGUCUCACCUCAGAGCCCCUCCAAACAUAACGUAGGGAUAGUGACAAGUAACCAUGUUAACCUCUCCUCCAAUAACUCUGGUUUACUAACAAUUAUGCUCCUGAAUGCUAGAUCUCUCCUUAAUAAAAUAACAACGCUUCGCUGCCUGGCAUACAUAGAACGGCCAACACUAAUAAUGGUGACUGAAACCUGGCUUACUACUGAUAUACCUGACACAAAGCUGGUAAUAGACAACUACGACAUCUAUAGGAACGAUAGAGUUGACAAAAGAGGAGGUGGUUGCUUAAUAUAUGCCUAUAAAUCCACUAACUCCAAUACUUUCAAUAACCCAAAUACUGACAAACUCCCAGAAUCUAAGUGGAUAAGCAUCCACACAAACGAAAG